AUGUCAAAAGAGUCCCAAGAACUAAAUGAGUUCCUAAGAGAAUUUCAAGACCCAUCAACAGUACCAGAAAUACAUGCCAAAAGACAAAAACUAAUACAAAACAUCGAAAAAAACACAUACUUAAAUGAAUACCCUAGCCAAUUAUCAAUAAUGACAUCAUUAGAUGAACUAAUAGCAUGUUUUGCAUUAGGUGGACAGUUUAAACAUUAUUAUAGAUACGGAUCAUACGAUUUAUGUCAAAAGCAAAGAGAAAAAUUUUGGUUUGCAAUUAAACAUGGUACAAUGAUUGAAUCUAAGAAAUCGGAUUUAAAAGCUUUAGAAGAGUUGAAUGAUAAAGAAUUGGAGAAUAGAGUUAAGAUUCAAGAGUUCUUUAAGAAGAGGUUGAUGGAUGAUAAAUUGAAGGGUAGUUCUGAGGAUAUUUGGGAUUCAAGAAAUGAAUUAAGGGAAUAUCCAUUUGUUUCAAAAUAA